UGAGUGUACGUGAGAGCGAGCAAGAAUAAGGCGCUGUUGGCGCUUAUCUAUAGGCACCAAAGAGCGCACAUACAAUAUAUUCUCAAGUAAAUUAAAAUGGAACUACAUGACAUAAGACAACGGGGAAUUACUUCAAGAGACUCUUAACGUGCAAAUACAUUGGCAAUGCGAUCAGAUACGGUAGCUCGGGGCUUGGCAGACUGGGAACGAGCUAUCGGUCUGUAACCUCUGCAAUCAAUACAGCGUUACAUCCCAACUCGAACAGACUCAGGGGAAAUAAUCCGAUCUGGAAAAAUAAAUAAAUAAAUAAAUCAUGGCAACGUCAAAUGUUUUGCUACUUACUUCUUGAUCUCGAUCAUCAAUAAUUCACCUGUGAGCUUCGAGAUACAGGAAGGAGAUUUCCACGCACUGUUAAAUCUAUAAAGAAACCCGUAUCCGAAGGUUUAAGCGUCCAAACCAAGAGAUUAUUGGGAAAACUGCAGUGAAGACCCGUUUCUGGUGUUUUACAAUGUUCAUUAUUAUAUUCAGUAAGGCUGCGUUCACAAUGCUGAUUCUUCUGAUUGGGUUGGCUUUGUAUAUUGAACUAGUAGUGGCUCAAAACGACACUGAGGCCAUUGUUCUGGAGGGCAAGUGUCUCGUGGUCUGUGACUCCAAUCCAGCAAGUGAUUCCAAAGUGUCGUCUUCUCCGCUUGGGAUCUCUGUCCGUGCAGCGAACUCAAAAGUAGCUUUCUCAGCAGUGAGAAGCACUAACCAUGAGCCUUCUGAGAUGAGCAACAAAACUAGAAUCAUUUACUUUGAUCAGAUCCUUGUAAACAUAGGCAAUUAUUUCACCUUGGAAUCCGUUUUCUUAGCACCAAGAAAAGGAAUUUACAGUUUUAACUUUCAUGUCAUCAAAGUAUACCAGAGCCAAACCAUUCAGGUAAAUCUGAUGUUAAAUGGAAGACCUGUCAUUUCUGCAUUUGCUGGAGAUAAGGAUGUCACCCGUGAAGCCGCCACUAAUGGAGUUCUGUUAUUUCUAGACAAGGAGGAUAAGGUUUAUCUGAAACUGGAGAAGGGAAACCUUGUUGGAGGGUGGCAAUACUCUACAUUCUCUGGGUUUCUGGUUUUCCCCCUGUAAAAAAGGAGUGCUCCCCAAGCAAGCUCCAUUCACUUGUGGUCUAUUUGUCAUCUCCGGUUAGUAAACUCUUCAAUGUCAAUGGAUUUCACCUCUGAAUUCCACUCCUGCACAGUGACAUUGUAUAUCAGCUGGGAAGAAUGUGACAAGAGAAAGAAAGAAAGAAAUCUGAAAAUGUGUCGGCCAUUAAUAAGACAUGCUUGUUCUUCAAAAUUACUUGAAUUACAUUUCUCCCAUUGGCAUUACCCUGUGGUUUGCUCAACUCAAAGCAUCUUCCCUCCCUGAUUUGGCUUUCUCUGAAACUGUAGUGGUAAGUAAUUAUGAUAAACAAACAAAAUUAAUAAUUAAAACAAAUAAAUUUAAGAAGGUAUUAUACAUAUGUUAUAAGGUUUUUAGGUGUUUCCUGUACUGGAAACUCGUUUGCUUUCAUGUAGCGAAAGCAAACGAGAAAAUGAACAGAGAUCGGUUGUUAUGAAGUAUAGGUUAAUUAUGAAAGAAUGUAGUAUAAAGUCACUGAGAAGUACCAUAAAACUGAACAUAAAUGUGGAGCACUGCAGCUAGAUGAUGUAAUACAGAUGUAAUUAAAGCAAUAGAAAUAAAUUAUUAAUUUAAACUCAGCCCCAUUCAUUUCAGUGUGCUGGCACACCAAACUUUAAGUGCAUAUUACUCAGGCAACAUAAAAGCCACCUAUGUGGUUUCAAAGUACAGACCCGGCACUUUCCAAUGACAUAUUCACUGUUGGUAAGCGGUAUUGCUAGCCGGGGCUAAAAUCACCUGAAGGUAAGCCACUUAUCAUGUGACAGGGGUCACCUGCUUAGGUUUCGUUGCGAGUCAAUUACUGUAACUGAUUACAGAAUGGGGUCCUAUCAUUGAAAAGCUUAGAUGCUCAGAUAUACCAAAUGUUCCCGUGUACAUAGUCCAGAGAGAAAACUACAGUAUCCAGAAUGCAAUAGUACAGUCCUGUGAGACGCAUCAGUUCAGUGGAUGUAUUUCAGUACUGUAUCUCAAACAACACAAAGCCCAGUCAAUCGGAUUAGAUAUCUUCUGAAAGGGCAGACUUAGGCUCUUCCAGUGCCAUUUGUCUUGGUUGCCUAGCUAGGUUGCUAGACAAGCUACAAACCAGAGAAAGAGAUAUAGUUGUGAUUAUGGUCAUUUGGCAAAGGUGUAAAUAAAACAGUUGUUUUUUCGCACAAUUUUCAUUUCCUAUUGACGUUCAAUGUUGCAGUGUUUUUUUGAGCCAUCUAUGAUACAAAAUCUGUAGUAGUGACCAAACAUGAUUAUUAUUAUUUACAUAUAUUCUCAUCCCUACCACAUAUAAUAUGCCUGCACCUGUUGCAAUUAAUAUAAUACGAAACUAUCUAUGUAUGUAGUUAUCCAGUAGUUACACAUACAUAAAUUAAAGCAGUGAAACACCGGUGGAAAUAGGGCUGAGUUUAAAGAGUUUUUAACGCGAGAUUCCUCAAACACUCCUCAAACAGAGUGUGAGAUGUUUGGGUUGUGAAUGCCAUGCUCCAGUUAUGUCACUGCAUCCAGAAAAGCAACUCAUGGAAACAUCAUGCAGUGCUGUGCAAUAAACUGGCAGCAACUUCUCAAAGAGCUUUAGCGCUUACUAAAACUGAAGUCACUCUAAGGUACUAUGUUAAUUAUGCCGACCAGAGAAAAACUUGGAGGAUAUAAAUGAUGAAGAAAUUCUCCAAACUUCUUGGAGAUUAUAAGAUGGAAUCAUAAAAAGAUGGACACUGGGAAACUGAUUAACAUUUACUCUGUGGACUCUAAUGCUCAAGAGGAGAGAUUUAUUGACCAGAGCAAUGCAAGAUGCUAUGUUUUUUUUUGUUUACCACUGCACUGUCAAGCAGUGGACAAUUAAUUACAUUUAUUAGUGAUAUGCAACAAUUGGGUCAUAUUGAUGGACUAGUUUCUUGGAUUAAAUAAGAAAUUGUUGUGAUAAUGCUGCUUGUGCCAUUUUCUGCUGCUUUUAAAUGCCUGCUUUUGGAUCUGUUUGAAAUGUGUGUGUUUGCUUUUCGUCUCAAUAAAGAGCUUCAUUGUGAAAUACUUACCAUAGUGAGUUUACUCAUUUAUAAAUACUUUUGGCCACAUACUGAGUAAACAGGUAGCUAGUUCUACAUUUAUCAUUGUAAUAAUGUUUGGCUUCAAUAUGGAGCCAUUUUACAGCUAUGGCCAAAAGAUUUGCAUCACAUAGACAUAAAAAAA